CCGAUCCGAUCACGAAUGGCAUCCUCAGCCGCCGUUAGGUCGUUGUUCCGUUCUUGCUCGUCUCGCUCCUCUGCUUUCCGUGUUGCAUCGGCAAGAGCGACUCGUUCUUCAUUCCGCCUCGCAUCCAGAAAACCUUCAUCCCAUUCCACUGUCAGGUGUCCUGUCGAAUUGAGUUUCUGUGUGGAAUCCAUGCUGCCAUAUCAUACGGCAACUGCUUCAGCACUGAUGACAUCAAUGCUCUCCAUCUCUCGUUGCAGUUGUGGGUGGCUUCCUGAAGGUAGCUAAACAUCUGUAGGAUUCCUUGAUGUUCUUUCUUCAAUUUAAUCUUCAGAUCUGUGACUUCCCUAAACGCAACAUUGGCACCAGAGGACUUCGGGAUUAACCAAGCUUCUUGAUGCUGGUUUUCUUACAACAUUUAUUUUCUUACAUCUGCCAUCCUUCUUUUUUUAUUCUCUUCUUGCUUCCACAUUUCAUCAAGCAAGUUAAACUGAAUUAGCCACUCUGAGAACUCUGAUGUCAACUGUUAAAGAAUUCUUUUUGCUUUAUUUUUUCAAAAAGACGAGCGAGGAUGCAACCCGAUGUUGCAACAACGUCCCCGCCAUUAUUGAACUCCACCAUGGGUUAACAGUUGUAUAAUCAAAGUGAAAAUGGGAACAGAUCUUUCAUCAAUCUCUCAUACA